AGAAAUAUGGAUUCAAUGGAUUCAGAUUCUUUCUCUAAUUUCUCUUCUCCUGGAAUACAAAUACAAGGUUUGAACGGUAGCCUAGAAUGCGGUGAGAUGCCCGACAUUGCAACAAUAAAGGUAUGGAGGUACUGGGUAUCUGGUGUACUAACAUCAUGUACUGGAAUACUGGGUCUAGUUGGGAACUCUCUGAGCCUGCUGGUUCUCUGUAAAAGAUCAAUGAGGAAUGUGUUUACUCAUUUACUCUGUUGUCUCUGUAUUGCUGAUUUACUCUUCAUAAUCAGUAACCUUUUACUGACUCCACUGUCCUUCGGCAUGAAACAUUUUAUCUGGGAGAAUCUGGCCCCAUCAGCUGAGAUACUUUCUCACCUCAGUCUAGCACUGAGUAUCUUCCUAACAGUUGGUAUAACAGCAGAACGCUAUCACUCAGUUCACAAUCCAGCAGAAUAUGCUGCUAGGCUCAUUGAAAGAGGACACCUCAGCCUAGUUCUGCUGUACCUAGCUCCCUCUCUUGUUGCUUCUUUACUCUUCAAUAUUCCUAGGAUAGUUUCUCACUACAGAAUUGACAGCUCGUUAGAGUCCAGCCCAGAGUAUGUUCGGUUUUAUAUCGGCUAUCAGAUUAUGCACCCUCUGACUACAACUGGGCUUGCACCACUAAUCGUUCUCUCUCUUCUUAAUUGGAGAAUACACUCCAGAAUCCCACACUCCAGACUCAAUGGAUCAAGAGGACGAGCCAAGGAUUUCAGUUUGGCUCGAAUCUGCUGUAUUUUAGUUCUAGUUUUCCUAUUCUUAAACCUUCCAAGGCUUCUCAUUGGGCUUCAUGAAGUCUCAAAGAUCGGUCUUAUCUUCGAUUGUUAUAUGACAAACACUAAGUUCUAUACUCCAACCUGGCAGUGGUGUGCUGAUAGUGUAGCAAGAUAUACGGUUGUUCUGAAUUCCUCUGUCAACUUUAUUAUCUACUGUCUGGCAGGAUCACAGUUUAGAGCUGAACUGGCUCAACUCCUCAAACUCAAAAACAGUUGUUCAACUCUUACAGUUUACUACCAACCUGAAAACUCACAGAGAACUGAUGCUAUAGAAAGUAGAAUAAGCAUCAAUGGAGGAGGAAGGAUCUUAAAAUCUCCAGCAGUUCUUCCAUUGCAGCCCAAGCAUUUGCCUCUACAGUGUUUGGAGAACUACAAUCUGGUUCCGAUUCUGGCCGCCAGGAGGUCUGUUUGUUCAUUUCGAGCCAAUAGGAGACCUUCACUGGUCAGCCGGCUAUCCCUCAGAUCGAAUUCCAUCUGUUUCGGAACAAAACUGAUUUGUGAAGAAUCUGAGGAGCUCUGCCUUCUAUCAAACCAGGAUUUUCAAAUCGAAGGUUCAUCUAGCUUCAAUUUACCAAGAUCAUCAGAGGAUCACCUGGAGAAUCUGGAAGAUGAGGAGACCUGUCUGGAUGCUGAAAGUGUUGGGUCCAAAAGACCCCGUUCCUCCAGUUUGAGGACCAAAAAACCAACUCAGCGAUCAAAAUCAACCUUCAGUCUUUCGAAUAUCUAAUAAAAUAUCCAUCUAAUCUAAUCUUUAUAAAUUUUGGUUGGUAAAGUGCUUAGAGAACCCCCUAAAAGACAAUGAAGAAAAGGACUAGAUGUGUCUACAGUUGAUUAGGGUCAAUUUGAAUUCAAACCGUCCCGACCCCUUGCACCGGCCUUAGUGAUGCACAGCAUGUACCAGCCCGACCCCUUGCACCGGCCUUAGUGAUGCGCAGGAUGUACCAUCCCGACUCUAUCCUAUGUCGGACCAACUUGCCACGGCCAGACUUUUUCCAGUACCCGGCCUAUCAUAGACCUAUUUGACCUACCCCACUUUAGUUUGUGUCUGAAGACUUGAACCAACUGAACGAGUGAUCAAAAUGUUAAAACAGUCUCCAGAAACCUAUAUUUAAACUCCUUUUAUAAACUAUAUUUCUGUCUGGUAAUAUCAAUUAUGGAAAUUCUAAACUUUCCACAUCCUAAACCAGGCAACUCUACUAGCGAUAGUUCCAUAGUAUUCAAAUUUUCAUUAAAAUUGGAAAUAUAAGUUUAGUCUGGUUUCAAACUUGUAGAUGUUUUGACUUUAGAAGGCGAUACAGAAAUCUAAGAACGAACGAUUGUUUUUCCUUUGUGAAGGCUCACAGAGCAAACAUUUUGCAAAGUGUCAUAAAAAUAAUUUUGUAUUAUGUUUUAUAAAAAAUUUGGAGAAGAAAAUGAAAAAGACAUAUUUUUGGCCCUAUUUAAUACUUUCUACCUGGCCAAAACUACUUUAGUUUCCCCAGUCAGACAACUAAAACUCUAAAAUAAAUAUUGUGCAACCCUUAAAGUGUGGGGGGGGGGGAUCAAAACAAUGUCCAAUCUAAUUAUUAUACACCUCUAUUCAUGUGUACGCCCUUGUUCUUUUCAGUUCUUCCUUUUAGAUAUCAUGAAGAGUAAAAAUGUGAAAUAUUGAAAAGAAUUUUUUUUUUCUGAAAAACUAAAUAAAAACCUAUACUACAUGAUCGAAAAUGCAUGAGAUAUUCAUAAUUUUCUCUUUUAAAGAUUGAUUAUUUUCAUUCUUUGUUUACUCUUAAUCCCACUUGUAUAUAAUUCUGCAUUUCUGGAGAAAUUAUAGUAAGAAAUAAGCAAGCUAGAAUAACGACGUUAUCUUCCACAAUUUGAUCUGAGAAAUUGGUUUAAAUGAUAUCGUCUUGCACGUGAAUUGUCAGUGCUUUUCAUGUUAUGUAUAGUUUAUAAGACUCUCUCCCUGCAAAUUAUACUAAAAAUAAUCUAAAACGUAUCUAAGAUGUUCUUGAAUCAACAAUUGGAUAGUAUCUGAAUUAUUUGAUUCAAUUUUAAAUCUUUUUACAAUCCCAAAUCCUAUAUGAACUAAAUAAAACCCCAUAUUUCCGUGUUAAAAAUUUCAAUUUUGUAUUAAAGAAAAUAUGUAUUUGAAAAUAAAUGAAGUCGAUGAAGACAUUUUAUAUUGUCAAAAGAUGUGCUGAUGGUUUCGUGUAAACUGUAUUUCUGUAUCCAAUAUAUGUGCAGUGUUCUGUAUCCUAUUCCUGGAUCCAAAACACUCUAUCUUGCAUUUUCUUAUUUAUAGAUACUUUUUUAUUCAUGACUAAUGAGAUAAUUUUGGUCUUAGAAAUUUGUAUCUUAUUUAUUUAACCUUAAAAAUCAUAAAUUCCAUAUUUUAAAAAAUUAUAAAAAACGGCUUUUUCUCAUUCUUUAUCCUAAAAACUUUGUAAUCCCAUAUUUUGUAUUUGUAUUUCAAAUGUGUACACAAACCCUAUCUUUUUCGCCAACUUGUCACUGACCGUUGAUAUUUUAUUUUUUGGUACUUUUGUGAUAAAUUUUUAUAUUCUACGAUUUUAAACUAAAAAGAUAUUAUAUUU